ACAAGUAGUAGUAAACUAUAAUUAAACAGCUUGCAAACUAAGCGAAACUCAAACUAAAAAUGGCACACUCGAAGGUCAUAUUGAAGAUACUGUUCUCGCUCUGCGUCUGGUCGUUUGUCAUCAUUGGUCUGUUCAAAAUGCAUGGCACGAAUCUAGUGCCGCAGGACUAUCAUCAAAUGCCGCCCGACUAUCAGCAAUUGCCGCUGAACGGACGCAGCUUAUUGCAAAAGGACAUGCUACGCUAUGCGGAGACAACAUCGACGACCACAGAUCAUUUUGAUCCAAGCGAAAUACUUGUGGAUAAUCGCACAGCUAUGGACGACGAUCAGUUGGUGCGUGACGUCGAAUCGCGCAUACCCUCGCUACCCAUUGCCUAUUGGAGCAAGAACAAAAACUUUCUGCAACAAAAGUCCUCAACAUGCGCCAAAUAUCCGUCGAUCUUUGAGCUGGAAUUCAAUAAUAUUUACUGGCAAACGCUGCGCACCUCGAAUGGCACAUUUCAACUAUUCGGCGCCUACUAUGACAUACGACGUGCCUCGCUGCUUGGCCCCACUGUGCGCAUUCUGGGCAUGAUUGAUCGCAUCGAGCCGAAAGUGAAGACCUAUUGUCAGUUCUGGUUCGAUGGACAGAAGGAGCCGUUCAUAGUGAAGACAUUCGAGUACAAGUAUAUUUGGUAUAACAAGUGGGGAAAUUAUAAGCAGGGCAUAUAUCAGCCCUACUUGAUUGCCUGUCAGAUACCAAAGCCGUUCCAUGGCGUUGUGCCCAGCUCGGUGUCCAUGGUGGAGAAGGAAUGCGAUACGGCUACAAAUAAUUUGCGCGUCAUUUACAAUCGUCCGCCCGAUGAUCAGAAGAAGGGAUUUGCUGUGUGUGUUAAGGGUUUGGACUUUCUAUACGACGACUUGAGUGUGCGUCUCAUCGAGUGGAUUGAAAUGUUAAACAUUUUGGGUGCGGACAAAAUUUACUUCUAUAAUCUGCAAGUGCAUCCGAAUAUAACCAAAGUGCUGAGUCAUUAUGAGCAGGAGGGCAAAGUGCAAGUCAUACCGCUAACUUUGCCAGGCGGACAACCGAAUGUGCCUGGAUUUCAACAUUUGUAUCUGACAAAGAAAACGAAUCAUAAGCGACAGAAUGAGGUUAUACCCUACAACGAUUGUCUGUACAAGAAUCUCUAUCUAUAUAACUAUAUAGCACUGCUCGAUAUCGACGAAGUGAUUAUGCCCAAAGGCAAUUCAGUGCUGUGGUCCGAGCUUAUGGAUAAAGUGCGCCCCGAAUCGUUGAAGAUCAAGCCCGAUGGCUAUCAUAGCUACAACUUUCGCAAUGUUUACUUCCUCGACGAUCAGCAGCAUGAGCAUGGCUGGCAUAAGGACAUACCCAAGUAUAUGCAUAUGUUGCAACAUGUGCAUCGUGCCAAGAACUACACCAAGCCCAAUCAGUAUGUCAAAUGUUUCCACGAUCCGGAGCGCGUGCUUACGCUGCACAAUCAUUUUCCGUUGAGCUGCCUGGGCGGAGUAUGCAAAUCGUAUCCGGUGGAUACGGAGGAUGCGCAGUUGCAACAUUAUCGCGCCGAUUGCGUCAAGACAUUGAAGAAGAGCUGCGAGGAAUAUCGCGAGCAUUCCGUUGAGGAUAAAACCAUUUGGAAGUACAAGGAUGAGCUCAUACGUCGCACUAUCAAAACUCUCGAGACUUUGGGAUUCUUCAGACGCAGCAGCGCUGCCUUUGGCGGCGGCGGCGGCAGCAGCAGCAGCAGCGGUGGCUUGAGCGGCGUUGGUGGCGCCACAACACAUUCCACGGAACGGUGAUUCGCGCUGCUCGGUGGCUGGUCUUGGAACUGGCUGCCCAUGCCCAUGCCGUCGUCAUCGUAUAUGGAGUCAUCCUUGGGCAACGAGGAGUUCUUUGUCUAAGCAGCUCGCCAAGCGCCACUCCUUAAUUUAACGAAUCGUAAUCGCGUCGUACCCGUCCCACGAUCCUAGACUCACUGACGAUUCGUUCUUCUUUUGUAUUAUAGACACUAUAUACACUAUAUAUUAUUGUAACUGAUUUUUUUUUUGUAACUGAUUUUUUUUUUUUGUAUUUUUGUAGUAUUUUUGUAAUUGAGCCCCCUACUAUAUUUAAUUAGUUAAUGUUCUAAAGUUAUUUUUAUAUGCAUACGUGUUGUAGAAACGAGUCUAAUGAAUCAUGAGUCGUACGAAUCAAUCUAAUGCAUCAUAUGUCGUAUAAAUCGAACGAAUGAAUCAUGCAUACCUAAUUGUUUGGCAAUAUUUUGAAUGAUGAUAAUUCAGUUGCAACUUCAGUUGUUUCAAAAUAUUGUCAAGCAAACAAAUCAUUUAUUUAAGCAACUAUGAAUAUUUAUGGACAACACUUUUGAAAUUGUGCCUUCAAAUAUAAAUUUUUGUAGUCUAAUGGGCUUGCCCCAAAAACUCAAUCAGACACACGCAAAAAAAAAAAAAA